AUGUCCAUGACGAUUGGACCGGGUAUCCAAGACUUUCCCCUUUCGGAUUAUCGGAAGUGGAGACAAUUCGAGCGAGACUUCCAAUGGACAUUUUCUGGCAUUGCUAGCUUUGCGCACCUAAAACCAGUCAAAUGUCUAAUCGAACCAGAUGAGCGAUAUGAUAUCGCCGUCAUCGGAGCCCCCUUCGAUACUGCUGUCAGCUACAGACCAGGAGCUCGUUUUGGUCCUCGUGCCAUUCGUGCUGCUAGCGCCCGCCAGAUGGCCGGUACAGCCUAUAACACCCGUGCGGGCAUCAAUCCCUACAGCUCGUGGGCCACCGUCAAGGACUGUGGGGAUAUCCCUAUAAUUCCCUUCGACAAUGGCGUAGCGGAGCGCCAAAUGUACGAAGCUUUCCUCGAGCUGGGCUCACGAUCUCCCAUUACCCCUGCCGACUCCAAGUACGGCACUAAGGGCAUCUCUGCCGGGAAGGCGAAGCUGGUCACCCUGGGAGGUGAUCACAGUGUUGCGCUACCGGCUCUCCGUGCCCUGUAUCAAAUCUACCAAAAGCCCAUCACAGUACUGCAUUUCGAUGCACAUCUAGACACCUGGAAUCCCGUUCGCUACUCGGCAUACUGGACAUCAGAACAGUCGGCGUUUAAUCACGGCAGUUUCUUCCACAAGGCGAGUCGUGAGGGUCUCAUUUGCAACUCGACCUCUGCUCAUGCUGGUCUGCGCACUCGUUUGACUGGUGUCACCGAUAGCGACUACACCAACCCGGGCCCCGAGCAGGGAUUCAUGCGCAUCCAUGCUGACGACAUUGACGACCUAGGCCCCAUGGGCAUCGUGGAUAAAAUAAUUGAGCGCAUCGGUCUGGAUUCGGAGCAACCCGUGUAUCUGUCGGUGGACAUUGACGUGCUUGACCCCGCGACUGCCCCCGGGACCGGUACUCCCGAGCCUGGCGGCUGGACCACCCGUGAGUUCAUCCGGAUCAUGCGCGGCAUUGAGAAGUUAAACAUUGUCGGCGCGGACAUCGUUGAGGUAUCGCCAAGUUACGACAACAAGGGAGAGACCACCGCUCUCGCAGCUGCCCAAGUGGCCUUUGAGAUCAUCACCAGCAUGGUCAAGGCGGGAGCUGGCGAAGACCUGGGAGGAUGGUAUGGGCGCAAGGAAGAGAAGAUCGAUGAGUCUGCAAAGGAGGGAGAAGCGAAGAAAGAAGGCAAAGACGAGCUGUAA